UAAAUGGAUGCAAAGGUAAAAAUUGUAGCCCAGCCCACUACGCCAAUGGGAUGGCAUAAUCUUAUUCAUUUCAGUGCUUCAGCAGCGAAAAAAGAAAUGGGAGGGGCAAGUGAGAGCAUCAGCAGCGGAGAAGAAGACGGAGACGCCGAGUGGAGAAAAGCCAUCGACUCAGUCGCCGCCACCACUUCUUCUUGUGUCGUUUCCUUUCCCAACGGUGCCUCUUCCGCCGGCAAACAAUCUUCUAUUCCCGCCGACGACGGUGAUGAUUGCCGAGAGCAAAAACCCAAGCACUACCAAAUCAAGGCACAAAAGAUUUUGGAUGGUAUCUUAGAGAAGACUUUGGUGAUGGUGAAAGACUAUCCUAUUGAUGCCCCAGAUACUGAUCCCUUGAGUAAUGGAGGUGAAGAAGAUACGGAGCCUAAGAGUAAUGGAGGUGGAAUUCGCUUGUUUAAACAUUCUACUCCAGGAAUAGUGCUUGAUCAUAUAGAUGAACCUCAACAACCAAGAAAGAAACCAAAAAUUCUUCCGGGAAAAGAAAUCGACGAGAAGUCGAAAAAGUUUAAGAGAAGACUACAAUCCGUUGCUGUUGAUGGGGAAGACAUAAUGGCUGCAGCAAGAGAUGCAAGCCAAAAGUCAUUAGAGAGGCUAAAAGCUAAAGAGGCAGCAGCAAAGGAAGCAGCCAAGAGGGAAGAGGAGAGAGUUGCGGAAUUGAAAAGGGUUAGGGGAGAGAGAUGGCUUCCUUCUAUUGCCAGAGAUAUGAAGUUGAAUUCCCGAGCUUGAAUUUCCUUAACAUCAAGUUUUAGACUCUUUAACAUUUCUAAGAAAAAGCCGAUUGAAAAAAAAAAAAAAACGGUUACUAUGUCACAUGCAUGAUACAGCUCUCAUUAAAGGGGGAAAAACCUUUUUUAAAAAUUUUUCUACAUUUUUCCCUUCAAUAAUAAAAGGUUCUUUGAUGUUGUAGGUAGUGCCCGUCCUC